GAAUAACUACACUGCUUUACUGAGCUGCGUGGGCUGUGAGGAGAUCAAGAUGGGGAGUUUCAUCGGCCAUGCCCUCCCUGGAAGCUUUUUCUAUUUCAUGGGUCUGUGGUGGAGUACAAAAUACAUUCUGAAGUACGACUGCAAAAAGUACAAGCGGAGUUGCUACUUUAAUUCUAAAUCAUCAUUUUAUCGACUAGAACUUUUGGAGGGAAUCAUAAUAAUUAGCAUGGCUUUAAUUGGUAUCACUGCAGAACAAUUCUUUCCUGGUGGACCUUACCUGACCUUAUAUGACUAUAAAGAAGGCCAUUGGAAGCAGCUCAAAAUGUGGCAUCAUUGCACGAUGUACUUUUUCUUCGGACUGGUUGGUGUGACAAACAUCUUAUGUCACAUUUAUCGUUCACUUCCUGGAUCAUUACCCAAGCUAAUGCUGUCAAAUGCCUUUUUUGUGGAGGCGUUAAUCUUCCACAACCACACUCAUGGCCAAGACAUGCUAGACAUCUAUGUGCACCAGCUGCUGUUGCUGGUCAUCCUUGUGACAGGUGUACUUAUUUUCAUCGAUUUCAUGAGGAGCAACAUUAUUUUUGCACUUUUGCACACAAGCUUCCUCUUGUUUCAGGGGAGUUGGUUCUGGCAGAUUGGUUUUGUGCUGUAUCCCCUCAAUGGUGGCCCUGCCUGGGAAUCCACGGAUCACAACAACAUGAUGUUCCUCACCAUAUGCUUUUGCUGGCAUUAUGCAGUCAGCCUGACUGUUAUCGGACUGAACUUCGCCUUUGUCACCUGGUUGGUUAAAUCUAAACUUAAGAGGUUCUGCCCCACAGAGGUUGAACUCCUGAAAAAUACUGAACAAGAACAGGAAUCAGAAGAGGAGAUGUGAUUUUGAUUAAUCUUUCUAGAUAAUCCAUUUCUUUUAUGUAUUGUGUUCAUGGUUUCGUUCUGAGAAUUUUUUUCUAAAGAUAGCCUUCAGUGUGCUAUUUGCAUUUAAAAAUUUUAGCAUAUUUGAAUUUAAAUGUUUUAUUUUUAGAUAUGAAAACUGGGGAUUAGUUUUUCCUGUCAAUCAUAGUAUUUAGGGGCUGAAAUGAUUCCUCAGAUAACCUAAGGCUUGAUGCCUCCACUAUGAAAAAUAUUUGUUUAGUUUGCCCUAUAGUAUGCUUAAAGUUUCUUGUCUUGCUGUAACUUGAUAAAUGGAAUGUCUUUGGCUUAUUUUGUUACAGCAAUGAGAAAUCAAUAAAUGCAUGCAUUUCA